CCAUGAGUCACUCAACUUAUACAUAAAGUCUGCAGGCUUGUGCGAGGAAGCGCAUGGGAUAUUCUUUUAGCACCUGGACUUAAUAGCUGGGAGGGUGCAUCAUUUAGGAAGAAACAAUCUGAGGUACAGUUCCGUACAGACCAGUAAGCGCACCAGAGAAACCUUGUCAGCCAAAUCAGCAGGUGGUGGAAGUCCAGUGGCCCUUCACCUCCACCAUGGCCUCGGGAGCCAGGUUUCGGGCCGGAUCAGGGUCCUCCAACAUGUCUUCCGGGUUUGUAAGUCUUGUUGGAGAAGAAACAAGAGAAGGGGGUUUAGGUACUGUGACCGUUUCUACAGUGACCAAAACCUACAGUUCAGAAGGAUCGGGGCAGCCGAGUCGAGGCUUGUCCUCGUCCUUGGCAUAUUCUCCCGUUUUGAAGGAGAGGAAGAUCAUGACAUCUGAUGUUUUUGAUGCUUCAGAGAGCUCAAGUACAGACUCAUCUCCAGAGUAUUCCAGGAAGGAGUAUGGCUCCUCAAAGGCAACUUCAGGCUCUGCCACUAGAGGGAGGUCUCACAGCAGAGAGAGUGAGAUCAGAGCCAGGCUCCAGAGUGCUUCUCCUUCAGCCUGUUGGACCGAGUUGGAUGAUGUGAAGCGUUUGCUCAAAGGAAGUCAGUCUGAAAGCACCACCACCACCGCUGCCAUUCAGUCCUCCAACAACUCGCUGCCCAUCCCCAAGAAGGCCAGCGUGGAAACCAGGACAGUGACUGAGGGCACCAGCACCAUUUUGUCUCCAAACAACUCUUUUCCCAUUCCCAAGAAAACCAGUUUGGAAACGCGGUUCGUGUCUGAGAGCACCAGCGCCAUUCAGUCUCCGAACAACUCUCUGGCCACACCCAAAAAGGCCGGUGUGGAAACCAGGAUUGUGUCUGAGAGCUCCACCACAGGUUCAGGUCUGUCGACAGUUCCAGACUAUUAUGGUGGUGUUUGGCCCAUGGGUGUUAACAGCAGCUAUGGCUACAAUACAAACCCCAGCAACCUGACCACAACAUCUACCAUUUACCAUUCAGGGGGAGGUGGAGGAGGUGGAGGAGGUGGAGGGGGUGGAGGAAGUCGAGGAGGUGGAGGAGGUGGAGUUCAGAACAAUAUUGCCCUGACUUCUUCCCCCGUGCACGGUGGACAAUCGGUCAGCAGCACCGUGCCGGUGUACGGUGUUCAGAAUAACCUAGCCAGCACCAGCCCUGCUGUCCUCUCGACUGCAGGACUCACCACACCAGUCGGUUACGGUGUGCAGAAAAAUGUCUCUGGCUCUAGCCCUGGGAUCACCACAACCACGGUGCGACCCAGCAAUCCUUCCACUGACGAGACCGUGAGCAAAGAUUAUAAGUUCACGCUGAUCGAGAAAGACAACGCGCCGGUCAAGAAGGAAUCCGAGCGGCUGGUCAUGAGCAAAGACACGGGCAAGCAGUUCAUGUCUGUGGCUCCCGCUACUUCUGCAACAUCUGCAGCUGCCUACUCUGACGACUCACUGUUGAGGGAGAAACAGAAGUUCGCAGAAGCCACAGCGAUGCAUGACAAAAGGGAGGGUGCAUUUUCAGCAGCAGGCCUGAAAAUGUCCUCAAAAGACGACGUUGGCUGUGCAGACAUGUGCAAUGACGGCCCAUGCUUCGGUCUGAGCCGCUGCUGCCGCUGCAGCUGGUGGAAGUGGCUGCUGGGCAUCCUGCUUGGGCUGCUCCUGCUCCUUGGCCUCCUCUUUGGACUCAUCGCUUUGAGUGAGGAAGUGAAACGUCUCAGGAAGCGAGUGGAAGCUCUGGAGGCCAUCACUGGCACUGCAUCAGCAAAAUCCAGUCGUCUCAUUGCUGACCCCCUGGAGUCCAGAUACACAGACAGAAGUUAUUCCAGGCUCUCUGAUAAUGGGAUUGGUGUUGGGGCUCCAGUAGGGGGUGUAGAUGUUGGAUCUGGAGAUCUGCAGAAAGCAGUCCAGCAGUUGGUCCGAGCCGAACUUCGCUCUGAUGCGUUUCGAGACUCACUAAAAGGAGCCAAAGGAGACCCAGGAAUGAAAGGGGAUGCUGGCUUUCUUGGGCUUAAAGGUGAUAGUGGAUUACCUGGCGUGCCAGGUCUUCCUGGUCCGGCGGGUCACCCAGGAGCAGAAGGACCCAGUGGUCUGAAGGGAAAUGCAGGCCCACCAGGUCUGGAUGGAUUACCAGGUAUCAGUGGUCGGGAUGGGCAAAAGGGCAACCCUGGAGAAGAUGGACGACCAGGUUUUACACAAAAGGGAGAGAAAGGAUCUCAGGGUGAACCAGGAUCAGUUGGUGCUUCUGGACCUGUGGGGCAGAGAGGCACUCCUGGUCCAAAGGGGGAUCCUGGAAUUCGUGGGCAAAAAGGUGACCGUGGAACUCCAGGCUUGCCAGGAGUAAAAGGAGAGGAGGGUCUAUCUGGACAAGAUGGUGAGCAAGGACAAGAUGGAUUCCCAGGACUUCCGGGACCAAAGGGCUCCAAGGGAACUGCAGGUGAUCCCGGCCUAAUGGGUCCACCUGGGGUGAGAGGACCUCCUGGCAGUCCUGGAAAUGAUGGUCUUCCAGGUAUUGCUGGAAACCCAGGACUGCCUGGUGCUAAAGGUGAAAUGGGUCUGGGUGGUAAAGUCAUUGCUCCACUUGGCUCUGAGACUGUAGCCAUCCCUGGACCGCCAGGACCUGCUGGGUCUCCCGGUCCUCCUGGAGUCCCUGGUUUGCCUGGUGCAAUUGGCCCAAGAGGACACACUGGUCUGAAGGGAGACCAAGGCGACAGAGGUGAAAGAGGAGAAAGAGGAGAAAGAGGAGAAAGAGGAGAGGCGGGUCUCGGCAUCACAAGUUCAAGUUCAGAAACAGUCAGUGCAACACGAACUGGUACACUGUCUUCAGUGGGUGGACUCGUUGGCCGACCGGGACCUCCAGGGCCCCCAGGACCUCCUGGUCCUCAAGGUCCUGCUGGUGAGGCAGGGCAAGGUCUUCCUGGACGGAGAGGGCCACCCGGAGAGCCUGGAGUCCCCGGACCUGCAGGGACAAAAGGAGAACCCGGCGGUUUUGUACCUACAUCAGGAACGUUCUUUGCAGGCCCACCCGGACCUCCUGGUCCACAGGGCCCACAGGGUGAGAGAGGCCCACGGGGUUUCAAAGGUGACGAGGGUCAGCCAGGUCUACCAGGAGUUCCAGGACAAACAGGUGGUUCAGGAUUUUCUGGCGUCUCCCUUGGGACCUCGUCUAUACCAGGACCUCCAGGCCCCCCUGGACCUCCUGGCCCACCUGGAAGAGACGGGGCUGUAUCGACUUCAAGCAACAUGCGCCAGUACAUUGCAGAGUACCUGCAGAGUGGAAGCGUCAAGCAGCAGCUGGUGGGGCCUCCUGGGCCUCCAGGUCCUCCUGGCGUUUCAGGGGCGUCAGGAGAUGAGAUGGUGGAUGAUGUAGCAAACCGAGUCAUUGCUUACAUGCAGAGUCAGGGCCGCGGCUUUGGUGGGGCUUCAGGCUCUGUUGGCCUAAGCGCUCAAGGUGGCACCAUUGCUGUCAGCGACAUCAUCAGUCUCUUACAACGAGAGGAUGUGCGAAGAUACGUGGCUGGUCCCCCGGGUCCACCAGGGCCCCCUGGAGCUCCAGGUCCUGGAAGUUAUAGAUUUAGCAUGCAAGAGGUGGCCGAACGUGCCCUCAGUUUCAUGAAAGACAGGGGGAUGGUGGGUGUCCCUGGACCCCCUGGACCUCCUGGACCUCCUGGGCGGUCCGGAAGUGGGUUUUCAAGUGAGUAUAGUACUGCUGUUGGCACUCAGGGACCUCCUGGUGUGCCAGGUCCUCCGGGACCACCGGGGCCACCAGGAAAUGGAAACUUCAUGAGCUCAGAUGUUCGUCAAUACCUGCAAAGUCUUGCUGUUCGGGGUCCCCCUGGCCCUCCCGGGCCACCAGGACCGGUGGGUCCCCCUGGUUCGGUCCAUGGACUAUCCCACACUGAUGGUGACAACGGCGGGACGAUCAGAUCGGAUAGACGGGAAUAUGUCAGCAGUGACAGGACAAGAGGAGGUAUGUUUGGAAUUCCUGGUCCACCAGGCCCUCCUGGGCGCCCAGGAGAAAAGGGAGAUGCAGGUGUCUCCGGUGGCAGGGCCUGGACCAUGGAUGCUGGAGACUACUCUAGAAUGGCCGUGAGAGUAACCGAUUACAUCAAAUCCAAUGGUCUGCUUCGAGACAUAGCGAGGGAGUCUGGUGGGACUGCCCAAGGCCUGCCGGGACCCCCUGGUCCCCCGGGAGCCCCUGGACGCAGUCAGUGGUUUGGUUCUCAAGACAAUGUUGUGGAUGUGGUUGAAUACAUCAAAGCCCAGGGUCUCCUGCACGACUAUGGGAGAGAUCAACACGACCGUGCUGUGCAAGGACCCAGAGGACCUCCUGGACCUCCAGGACCUCCAGGGUCCACUCAGUGGUUUGGUUCUCAUGCAAACGCAACAGACCUGGUGGAAUACAUUCGAUCCAAUGGUGUGCUGCUGGACAUCAUCAGGGACUACAGCAAUCACAUCCACCAAGGACCUCAAGGUCCUCCUGGUCCUCCUGGUCUUCCUGGCCAAAGUCCAGGGUCCGGUUCUGAUAUAAAUUACACAGAUCUUGUGCAGUACCUCCAGACUCGUGGUCUGCUUCGCGACAGCUCACGGAGCAACUAUGACCGCAAUGUCCAAGGACCACCUGGACCUCCUGGGCCUCCGGGGGCCCCCGGAUAUAGCCGCUUGUUUGGUUCCCAAGCAAACGUCACCGAUUUGGUGGAAUUCAUCAGAACACACGGAGCCAUUGUUGGAGCAACAGGCCAUCCGGGACCAAAAGGAGACAUGGGAUUCCCAGGUCCCAAAGGAGAGAGAGGUGAACCUGGUAUUCCAGGACGACACGGGCCCAAGGGGGAGACAGGUGACUUCUCCACAUUUGCCAGAAGAUCGAAGAGGAAUGUUCUCGUGCCACAAUUCUAAAAAUGAGCGUACACCCAGGUUCCCAUGCAGCACUUUGUGUGUAGUGUUUUUUGCAUUCAUUAUUACAGUAUCUGCUUUGCUGGCAGGGAUUAUGGCGGCUAUCAGUUAUAAAGUCAACAUUCACAGGCUGGUAUUCAGGACAAACAUCACAUUCAGAGUGCAUAUAUUUAUAAAAUGAUAUCUUCAUAGGUUUUUGGUCUUUUUUCUAUAUACUGCUCCAUGUGCAACAGAAUGUAGGUUCAAAGUUAAAAGGAAUACAGAGUUGCAACAAUACCAGGUUGGGGUUUACAUCUAUUGGUCAUUUGUAAAGACUGGCACAGCUUUGGCACUGACAAAACUGUUUAUUUACGGACAAAUCACAUUAUACAUGACACAGGAUGCCUAGCCCCCGCUAGGGGGCAUGAGAUACCGGGUGCCCCGAGUGCCAAUCCAUGUACUGCACAAAAACGACAAUAAUUAUGAAACAACGACAUAGCCAACCCCCAUUGGGGGUCCCCCACACGCACUGUCUGCGUCAAUCAGAGCGAGCCGCGAGGUUUGUUUGUUUCCCGGCCUCAGGGGCCCCAUUUUCUUCUUUGAGCCCCCAAGGCCCCUUGCCCCGCCACUGACUAUAAGCAAGUUUGUGAAAAGGUACACAGCACUCUAUGUCAAAUACCAAGAAAUAUGACAAUACAUCAAGAAAUAAACCAAUCAGGCUCGUGUUUUGGAUGAAAUUCACGAGAUAAAAACAACAGACUAGAUACAUGAUUCAUUUCAGCUGAAUUCAUCAUGAAAGUUUCUGGAAGUGUAAAAAUUGUGCUAAAGUAGGGAUGCUUGUUCAGUGGGCCGCAAAUCAGAUCGCCACUGACCACCGCGACCCUUUCGUGCAGUGCAGUGUCUUGACCGAACUAUCGUCUUUGGCGGUGUCAUCGUCAUCCUCUGGCUUCCUUGUGACCCCCGGUGGGGGGGGGUCACAAUUGAACUCAUUGGACGUGAAUAGCAGCCUUUCUUUAAGCAGUCUCCUUAAAGAAGGCGUCUCACAGUGUGGGAGUGUCAACGUAUGUUUUUGAUUCCUUAUUUCAUACAACCAGGAAACAGGAAUUCAGUAAUUACGUAUUUUUGGGCCAUGAUACCAUAAAAGCUUUACCGGAGCAUCCCUAUUCUAUCCCUAUAAGUAGUAAAAGUUUGCAUGUGACUCCUGCUGGUGAAAUGCUUUAUUUGGAUGCUGAUGAAGAAAAAAAUAUGUACACAUUACACAAUAUGAUUUGACGGGUUCCUAGAGUUAACUGAAUGUUGGGAAAAUGCUUUUCAGGCGAAUAAAUGCUGGUUUGUU